GGCCGCAGCGCGCUUGCAGGCGCAGGCGCCCAGAAGAGCCGUGCGAGCUGCUGGGGAAGGAAAGUGCGGCGGGGCACGGAGCCGGGAGUUCGGGGUUUUGGGACCGUGCUGCUGGGAAAGGCGGCUUUCGGUUGGCGAGCGGCAGCGCCGUGCGUCGGGGCCGGCGAGAAAAACUGCGAGCUAUGAAAGGCCGGCUGUGGCGGAGAGGGACGGCGAGCGGGAGGCGGAGCGGCGGCGGCGGCGAGAGGCAAGUGCUGCUGUGGCUCGUGUGCGUUUGCGUGUGGGAGAGCGGGGCCGAAACGCUGCGCUAUUCGGUGGCGGAGGAAAUGGCGAGGGACUCGUUGGUGGGCAACGUCGCCCAGGACCUGGGGCUUUCUCCGAGCCAGCUCGCGGCUCGCAAGGCGCGCGUGGUGUCCGAGGGGAGCGAGCAGCAUUUCCGCCUCGAUCCGCACAGCGGCGUCCUGACGGUCACGGAGACGCUGGACCGAGAGCGGAUCUGUCCGCACAGCGAGAGCUGCGCGCUCUUGUUUAAGCUUUUCUUUGAGAACCCGGUGCAGCUGAUCCGCGGGGAGGUGGAGGUUCGGGACGUGAACGACCACUCCCCCGUGUUCCCGCAGAAGGAGGUGGUUCUGGACAUACCCGAAACGGCAUCUCCGGGAUCUCGGUUCGCACUCGUAAAAGCAAAAGAUGAGGACGUGGGGAUUAACGGUUUACAGAAUUACAGCCUAUCCAGAAAUUCCCAUUUCUCCCUUGCUCUCGAAAAAGGGAAAGGAGGAGCUGAAUUCGUGAAGCUCGUCCUGCAGAGGCCUUUGGACCGCGAGGAGCAGCGGGAGCUGCAUUUGGUGCUCACGGCCACGGACGGGGGCUCGCCGCCCAGGUCGGGCACGGCUCAGGUCCGGGUGGUGGUGCUGGAUGCCAACGACAACAUGCCGGUGUUCUCGCGGGAGGUGUACGAGGUGCGCGUGGCCGAGAACAGCCCCCCGGGGCAGCUGGUGGUCCGGGUGUCGGCCGCGGAUCCCGACGAAGGCUCCAACGGCAAAUUGCGGUACGAGUUCACUGAGAUGUCAGAGCGGUCCAGCCAGGUCUUUCAGCUUAACUCUGAAACCGGGGAGAUCCGGGUCUGGGGAAACUUGGAUUUCGAGGAAGCAGACGACCACGAUAUUGAGGUCAAAGCCACAGACGGGGGUGGUCUGUCUGCGCACUGCAAAGUGCACGUGGAGGUGCUGGACGUGAACGACAACGCCCCGGAGAUCGCGCUGAGCUCCGUGAGCGCCUCCAUCCCCGAGGACGCCCCGCCCCGCACCGUGGUGGCCCUGCUGAGCGUGCGGGACCGCGACUCCGGCGACAACGGGCGGACGGAGUGCGCCAUCGAGGGCGACGUGCCGUUCAGCCUGACGGCCGCUUUCGCCAACCACUACGAGCUGCGCACCAGCGCGGCCCUGGACAGGGAGACGACGGCCGAGUACAACGUGAGCAUCGUGGCCACGGACUGGGGCCGGGCGCGGCUGAGCGCUCGCGAAAGCGUGUCGGUGCGCAUCGCCGACGUGAACGACAACGCGCCGCGCUUCACGCAGGCGGCGUACAGCAUGUCGGUGAGCGAGAACGAGGCGGGCGCGGUGCGGAUCGGCAGCGUGAAGGCGACGGACGCGGACGCGGGCGCGAACGGGCGCGUGAGGUACGCGCUGGUGCGGGAGGAGGGCGAGGAGCGGCCCGCCGUGUCGGUGGACGCCGAGAGCGGGGCCGUGUCCGUCGUGCGGCCGCUGGACUACGAGGAGGUGCGCGCCGUGGAGGUGACGGUGCGCGCCGCCGACGGGGGCUCGCCGCCGCGGAGCGCCACGGCGCUGCUGCGGGUGCUGGUGCGGGACGAGAACGACAACGCGCCCGUGGUGCUGCACCCGCCGGCCGACGGCGGCGCGGCGCUGGGCGAGCUGGUGCCGCGGCGGGCGCGGGCGGGCUACCUGGUGGCCAAGGUGGUGGCGGUGGACGCGGACGCGGGGCAGAACGCGUGGCUGUGCUACGAGCUGGCCAAGGCGACGGAGCCGGGGCUGUUCCGCGUGGGGCUGCACAGCGGCGAGGUGCGCACGGCGCGGGCCGUGGGCGAGCGCGACGCGGCCCGGCACAGGCUGGUGGUGCUGGUGCGGGACCGCGGGCGGCCGCCGCGCUCCGCCAGCGCCACCCUCGCCGUCGCCCUGGCCGACGGCUUCUCGGAAGGCCACCUGCGGGCGAGCGAAGAGGCGCCGGCCGCCGAGCCCGACGGCCGCCUCACCCUCUACCUCAGCGUCUGCUUGGCCUGCGUGUCCGCGCUCUUCGUGGCCGGCGCGGCGGCCGCCGUGGCCGCCAAGGUGCGGCGGGCCCGGCGGGGCGAGCCGGGGACCUUGCCCACCUUCCCGCAGUCCGCCGCCGACAGCAGCGCCGGCUCCCUGCCCCGCAGCUACGUCUACGACGUCCGCCUCGCCGCCGGCACCGUCAACAGCGAGUUCCGCUUCCUCGGGCCGCUCUUGCCCUGCUUCCCCGCCGGGCUGCCGCAGGGCGCGGCCGAGCAGCGGAGCUCGCUCUGCUCGGCCGGCCUCGGGCAAGAAGAAGGCGACUGGGCUGUGCAGGGCCGAGCUCCCCUCUCUGAAGGCACGGCUCCCGGGGCAGCAGAGGAGAAUGCCAGUUUGGAUCAAAGCCCCUGGCUCAGCCAUCAGUAAGGGAGGAGGCGGAGCAGCAUCUCGAUCCUCGUGGGCUGAUAUCUUCGAAGUGAAAUGAAGGAGAGACCAAACACGCGCCAAAAAUGUACCAGGGAAAUGCUGUACUGCUCUGUGAGAGUGCAAGGACACUCCUCUUAACCAGUACUUCAUGUACUAAUUCUGAAAUUUUGAUAACUUUGGCGGAUGUUGCAUGCUGGGAACACUGAGCUUUGAUAUCUAAUUGUUGUAGUGCUAUUGCUGCUUAGUGUUUAGUGUAAAUGGGGAAACAAUAUUCUUAUAUUCACGCUAUCAUUUUCUUACAUGUGCUUUUUCUUACAUGCAUUCAUUUUUGUUGUCAAGUGGAAUCUGUACUCAUGUAAUCUAUACCAUGCCAGGCUGUGUAGCACUUAAUCAGACCAGAAUGUUUCCAGCAAAGGCAUUCUUGAGUAACACUGAGGAGCUGGCUGCCUUUCAGAUGGCUGACGUUCACACACUGCACAACCAACCAGGAGUUCAGCAGUUCCCCACACUGUAAAGAGUCCUCUUUGAGCACUGUAUUUGCAUUGGGUUUGGUUUGGCUUGUUUCCCAACCUGAAGUCUAAAUGAAUGGUUCUUGAGCAUUUCAGAAUUAUAGAAUAUAGAUAUGAAGAGAUAAUAAAACAUUCAAAGCCGCGUGCUAUUUCCCAUUGCUCACGUAUUUCCUGGAGUUGAAUGUUUGGUCACAGAAACCAAUAAAAUCUGCUGAGAAAUCUGUCAGAAGAUGAGCUUCAAUCUUAUGUACAAAGUUAUUAUUGUAGUGAAAAGGUGCGUUAAGCAUCACUGUUGCUGUUACAGCCUUCUCCACCUGAAGCUGAAGGGUCACGUGUCCCUGUGAAAUGAGGGCAGUGAUUGUGAGAAGUGUCUGGGGAAGCUCUUCUCUGUCCAGAUCUGUUCCCUACUAUAGUGGUGCCAGCGGUCAGGUUACAAUAAAAGAAGGGUACGGGUCCACCUUCCUCACUCUGAGGUCCCGAGGACGAAUCAGGAGCAGUGGUAGGAGCAUAAGGAAGCAGAUACCAGGUGGUAUGUUGUGUGGGAGGAUGGGUACGGCAGACAACAUAGCAACAGCAUAACUGAUAUCAGUCUAUUUCCCCUCCGUUGCUGUCAGAAUUUCCACAUGCUCUGCCCACUUUUUACUACUGACAUUAAUACACAUUAGUAGUUGUGAGGAAGGCUUCUGGUUCUCUUCUCCGCUCGCUGUUUCAUGAAAGCUUUUAUGUUAUGCUUUGCUGAGGUCCUUAUUUCGUGUUUUAACAGGGCUAUAGGAUACUUGUAGGGUUUUGAUAUUGUUUUGUCCAGGUCAGAGCUGUUGUCCCCCUCGUCUUUGAUUCUGGGUACGGAAGAGUGGUCUACCAUUCAUGUUGUAUAAGAUGAACAUUCUCAGCUUGUCAUUGACACCUGCUUCCCGUUAAUGCCCCAUGUAUGCCCCAUGUCAGCCCACCACUAUGUUCCCUGCAGGGCCGAGCUCCCCUCUCUGAAGGCACGGCUCCCGGGGCAGCAGAGGAGAAUGCCAGUUUGGAUCAAAGCCCCUGGCUCAGCCAUCAGUAAGGGAGGAGAAGGAGCAGCAUCUCAGGCCUCGUGGGCUAAUAUGUUUGAAACAGAAUGAAGGAGACACCACCAUUGCAACAAAAAUUACCAGGGAAGCAGAAAUCGGUUCUGCAAGAAGCCAAGGACAGUCUCCUCUGAUGCUGUAUUUUAUUCAUGUAACAGUUUUGGCUUCUUCUUUUUUUUUUUUUUUUUUUUUUUUUACAUUUGGAUUUGGGUGCAUGCUGGGAAUAAUGAUAUACGAUGUCUAAUUGAGAUAGUCCUUUUUUCUCCUAAGUAUUAAAUGAAGAAUGGGAAACAAAUUCUAACCUUCAAGAUACCAUUCUUUGUACAUCAGGUUUUAGGCAUUCUUUUUUGUUACCUUUUUUUUGUUAUCAGUUUUUGUGUUAUCUGGGCUCUGGAAUAAUACGAUCUAUUUGAUACCAGGCUGUGUAGCUAUUAAUCAAAGCUGAAUUUUGCCAGUACUCUUUAACAACACUAAGAAGCUGGCUGCCAUAGAGAUGGCUGACAUUCACACAGUGCACAUUCAAUCAGGUGUUCCCUGGUUCUGCAUGCUGCACUGAGUGGUCUUUGAGCACUGUAUUCAUUCUUGGAUUGGUUUGGUUCCAUCAUAAAGCCUAAAUGAAUGGUUGUAGAAAAUUUCAUUAUUAUUGAUUAUAAGAUAAUAAAAUAUUCAAAGCAAUGUGCUAUUUCACCUUGCUCACGUAUUUCCUGGAGUUGAAUGUCUGGUCACAGAAACCAAUAAAAUCUGUUGAGACAUCUGUCAGAA